AUGACACCACAAACGAACCAACUUACGGCAUUAUUUCUUUAUGUAGUUCCUUCCUCCCAAUACACGCCGCAAUGCACGCUGCAAUCGCGGCGGGCGGUUAAAUUCACCGGUUCGGUUCGUCUCCUCGAGGCAGCUCGCCAUUCAAAAUCGAUGGCUGCACUAUCGCAUUGUGAUCAUAUACAAGUGCGCAUUGAUUUCGCGAUUGCGAUUGCGAUAGGACGCCGAGUGCACUGUCACAGUCUAUGCAAGUUGCUUCAUGCCUCCUGCAUCGAGAAGAAAAAGCGUGAAAGGAUAUCGGUGAAGGCGGACCGUGGUGAAGAUUGUGAUAGCCAUCCUGAUAAAGUUGGAAGAUGUCAUCCAGUGCGAACUAAGGACAAAAGUAUGCGCUGCAUCAAGCGCCACGAAUGGGGAAUCAAGAAUCUGCAUUUCUUGUCAUGCAGAAAGCCAGAUGAGACCCGAUAUUCCCAACCAGUGGAUUUGAACACCAGUCCGACGAUAUACCGACCAGAAAAAACGGCCAGUCCAGGACGAGAGCGGAUUCACUACGGCGAUAACACCGGUAACGACUGCGAACUCGACGGUGCCAGCGCAUAUGCGCGAAGAAUAUACUCUUCGGGAAUUCCUGAGUCUUCUUCUCCCUCCUAUAGCAAAGUGGUCCAAGAUUCGAUAAAGUCCUUGGUCUUCUUGAACGAUUACCCCCAUCGUAAGGGCUCGCGCACAUCAGAAUUGUCCGCAGUGAUCGCAAACAUGGGUGCAGAAGAGGCAGUCCAAAGUCGUUCGAUAUGCAUUUUUGAUGAUGCGAAGGAGAGUGGAUCGAGGAAAACGCGGUACUUCGACACCCACCGAGAAGGGUAUCAAGAUAGAAAGUGGAGCAAGCACGAUCCUCUAUGGCGCCGCCCGGACGAAAAGUGGGAGAAGAAGAUUAUACAGGUCCGGGAACAGCACCAGAAGAAAACUUUCGUGCAACUAGCUGGAGAACUCAGAGCGAAUGUAGUGCGACUGACGAGGUUGGACGCUCUGUUCUGA